GGGCUUGUGGCGAGAGUGUGGCGUCCCACCGCGGGAGGCGUCCGGUCCGGGCGGCCAGAGGAAGCUUCCGCGCACGCCUCCCUUGCCGUGGGGAACCCAGCAGGAGCCAGGACAAGCCUGUGUGGCAUCGUGAGGAGCCAAGCGAAGGCAGCCCUGCCACGCUCUGCCUGGGCCCGCUGCGGCGUGGAGGCACGGCGGGCAGCGCCACGAUGUCCAGCCCAUUCCUGAAGCAGGUCUUCAACAAGGACAAGACCUUCCGGCCCAAGCGCAAGUUUGAGCCGGGCACGCAGCGCUUCGAGCUGCACAAGCGUGCACAGGCCUCGCUGCACGCUGGCCUGGACCUGCGGCUGGCCGUGAAGCUGCCCCCGGGCGAGGAGCUCAAUGACUGGGUGGCCGUGCACGUGGUGGACUUCUUCAACCGCGUCAACCUCAUCUACGGCACCAUCAGCGACGGCUGCACCGAGGAGUCGUGCCCGAUCAUGUCGGGCGGGCCCAAGUACGAGUACCGCUGGCAGGACGAGCAGCGCUUCCGGAAGCCCACGGCGCUGUCGGCCCCGCGCUACAUGGACCUGCUCAUGGACUGGAUCGAGGCGCAGAUCAACAAUGAGGACCUCUUCCCCACCAGCGUGGGCACCCCGUUCCCCAAGAACUUCCUGCAGGCUGUGCGCAAGAUCCUCUCGCGCCUCUUCCGUGUCUUCGUGCACGUGUACAUCCACCACUUUGACCGCAUCGCUCACCUGGGCUCCGAGGCGCACGUCAACACCUGCUACAAGCACUUCUACUACUUCGUGCGCGAGUUCGGCCUCAUCGACCCCAAGGAGCUGGAGCCGCUGAAAGAGAUGACUGCCCAGAUGUGCCACUGAGCAUCGCGUAAGGCUCACCGCCCGUCGCCGCCCGUCGCCGCCCCACGCCGGUUGUGCCCGCUUCGCUGCGCCUCGGACUCCGUGUGAACGCAGCGUGGUCGCCCUGGGCCUCGGGGCCACGCGGGCCUCUGCUCCCUCGAGUGGUACGACCGACCGGACCCAGCCAUGGUCCCCGCUUCUCCUCGGAUCCCUCCGGAACAUUCCACUCGUCCAUCUCAGGUUUGUCGUGCUCCAGGGCUGCGUCUGGGGUUCAGACUCUACGCAGGGCCGGAUGGGCACCUCAUGCCCAACACUGGACGCUGUCUUUUUAACGUUUUGUGGCCAGCAGAUGGCGCUCCCCGGUGUGACUCGGGUGGACACGGACUUCCCAAGUGCCCGGGGUUUGCGUGCCCACUCUGCCUGCUGCUGGACUGGCUGUGGCCUUUGGCCUGGGCAGGCCUCGGCUGACCUGUGGGCGCUGGGGACGCCCCCUCUCCCCACUCCUGCCACCUUCAGUGAGUGCAGUUACCACUUCCCCGCCGUAGGUGGGGCCGGCCCCGGGCACCUCGACCUGCGGCCCAGUGACCGGAGCCAGCAGCACUGCCUGCCCCUGCCGGCCCAGGCCCUGAGCCCACUGAGAGCUGGGACAGCGGCAGGGGUGCCCACAGACAGGGCGGGGGUCCUUGUGUGGUCCCCCAACUGUUCCAUCCAGCUCAGAAUAAAUGCAUUUUUUCUUUU